AAAGUCAAUGCAGCUUACAGGAGACAACUGUAAAAUGAUUCCUGAGCCGGUAUGAAUGCCUUGCAGCGAGAGCUGUGGAGCUCAGUCUGCUCAGCUCCGCAGAGUGUGUCGAGACUUCGCUGUUCUGGAAGAUCAUACCUUGGCCCAUAACUUACAGGAGCAAGAGAUUGAGCAUCACUUGGCAACAAACGUUCAGCGUAAUCGUCUGGUGCAACAUGACUUGCAGGUGGCCAAGCAACUGCAAGAAGAGGAGGAUCUGAAAGCACGUGCUCAAAUCCAGAAACACCGAAAAGACUUAGAACGACAGGACUGCGAGAUCGCUCAGGAAAUCCAAGUGAAGCUGGUAUUUGAAGCGGAGCAGCGCCGCAGGCAAGAGGAAAAAGAUGAGGACAUUGCCCGCCUCCUACAACAGAAAGAACUGCAGGAAGAAAAAAAGCGCAAGAAGCACUACCCAGAAUCCCAGGGACACACAGUCUAUGAAGAUAGCUAUUAUGCAGAAAAUGGAGGCACUAAGUUGAGGGGGACGAAGCAAGCCAUGUAUGAUACACCCCGAAGGGAACAGGAGUUGUCUGAUGCAGAGAUUGCUCGGAAGCUGCAGGAGGAAGAGCUCCUGGCUAAUGAAGCAGAUCAGAAGGCAGCUCAAGUAGCCCAAGAUGAGGAAAUUGCCCGACUCUUGAUGGCCGAGGAGAAAAAGGCUUUCAAGAAAGGGAAGGAGAGAGAAAAGUCUUCCUUUGAAAAGAGGAGGCACGAUCAAGACUGGAAGCAUGAUGCAAGCGAGUCCACACGCUCGAGGUCAAAAGAAGGGCCUGAAACUCAGCGACACAAAGGCGACAGGUCUUCAAGGUCACAGCCUCUCCUCGAUGACUUUGAACACACUCGGUAUUACACAAGCCAGCCCAGCUCCUUGCGCCAGAUCCCCAAACAUGAGCACUCUCCUAAAGGUUCCCGUAGGAAGCAGUAAAUGGUGCUAGCCUUUGCUUUGGUACUGACUCUUCUGUAGCAAACAUUACUGGAAUUGCCAGGCAACUUUCUCGAUUCCUUAACCCUAUGGGAGGUACAGCCUCCACUCCCAGGAUCUCCUCUUUAAGUGUCGUUAUGUUAAUAAGGAACACUUUUUGGUUUCAAUUUCUUACUAUAUGUGAUCACUUAAGCAGUGCAGUAUAAUCUAGCCGCCACUGAGCUGUGUGAAUCAACUAGCUGACUUAACAGCUCCCUCUUAUAUUCUUUUGAGGCUUUCCUUUUAUUUUUAUGCUUCGGCUGGAGCUUUGACAAAUAGAGCUGCAUGUACAACAGGGAGGAAAAUCUAAGAUACGAGCUGGGUUGUGGCAAUCCAGCAGAACAUCAGAAGUACAAGUCCUUUCUGUAUUAGGAUGACUUAGCAAAGAGAGUUAAAGAGGAAACGUGUUUCUUCCUGUGCUGGAUAAGACGUCUGAGCCAACCUGACAGUCACGCUAGCUUGCAGGAAGGAGAGAGGAUCUUCAUAACAUACACCAGUGAAAGCCAGAACCUGGGACUGGUGAGGAAGAAAUUGCCUAUAGAACAAAAUUUCUUAACUGCUGUAUUUCUUCCUAGGGUUUCCAGCAAUCUUGGGUGGAGCGUGUAACCAGGCAUUUAGCUCCAGGAUAUAAGAUAGAACAGUUAAGAGGAAAAACAGUUUCAACUGAAAUUAGACCUUGUGUGCAUGACUUAAGACAUGCCAGGGAGUUGAUGAAGCUGUGAGUUGUGGAUUGGGAAGAAUCAUACGAACAGAUUUAAAUGCCUGAAGGGACCUCUGUGGUCACCUGGUUUGAGCGUCAGUGUGGUAGAAGCCAAGGAAUUUCACUGAAGCCAAGUAGGAACUACUGUAACUCCUUGCUUAGCUGCUGAUGCACUUGAGUACAGUAACUCGUGUCUGAACCUGCAUGUGUCUUGGAAACAUGGGACUGAAGGAGGGCCAUAUGGGUACUGAGCAUUGAAUCCAAAAUCUACUAUUACAGGCAACUUUGAGCUAGACACAGAGUGCCGAACAGUUCACACAAUGUCUGUGCUCACUGCCUCCCCUCUACACUGCUCCAUCCAGCAUCCUAGGCAGACUCCAGUCAGGAUAAAGCUAUUGCUCUCUAGGGCAUAGCAGGGUCUGCAAGUUUAAGUUGUCUGUAUAGAUGUGCCAGUCCAGUUCACGGCAGCAAGCCUGGCUGUGUUGCCCCUGCAGCCCAGCUUCCUUAUUGCUCAGCACCGAGCCCGUCUCACCACGCUCUUUGUCUUCUGCUGGCAGCUGCAAUUGUGCUGCUGGCUUUGCUGAGGAGGGGAGGCAGAGCCGUGGCUGUACUUGCCCUCGCCACCAAUCUGCCUGGGAAAGGAGCCUGACAGCUCUGUAGAGCUUUGUGGAGAGCACGUGCUGGUGUGGAGGACUGAUGGGAAAUCAAAAGAGAUCAUGGCUCCCUGCUCUUGCACGAAUUGACAAUUCAAGUCCUAAGGCAGCUGUAAGGCUUUAAGCUUGGCUGUUGUCCUUGGUCAGGAUAGUUAGAGACAAAUCACAAGGAAGACAAGGCAACUCCUUCUUCACAUAAGUUACAAGGGCAUGUUUAAUAUCACAGCAGGAGCCCAUGCCCUGCCUUGACCAACAACUCAAACUUCCAUCUCCUACCCCCACUGGGAUGCUGGCAGCAGUUCACUACCUGUGAAGAACCAGUUAACUCCCAGUAGACCUCUGCGCCAGGCCUACACUAGCCAAAAAUGUUGUAACAUAGGACUUUGUGCAUCGGCAGCAUCCCGUUAGCUGCGUACCCCUGCUUCCAGACCAUGAGCUUGCUCACCUGCAUGAACCCUUAAGUGACUUGCAAGCUCUUGCUUGCUUGCUGCUGCUUCUCAGGAAAUAUCCCAGCCAGCGGCUAGAUUUUACUGUCCUUGCCUUGUUCCCUCUUCUAGUUCCAUCUCUGUCCAUUCAGAAGUGUUAACAUUGUUUUAAAGGAUCUGGAAAAAAAAAAUACAGACCAUAUUUUUUUUCUUUUUUAUUUGGUAACUUGGGCCAAUGUGGCAACCUCAUCUGCAAUGACUUUAUUUUGUAAGAAUUUAUUUUUAUAUUUCAUGUAACAGUCAAAAUUUCUACUGCUGAAAAUGCCAUUUUUUUUUUGUCUGUAGGUUUUUCCCCUCCAUUGCCAUCAGAGUAUUUAUUGUUGUGAAAUGGAUGCCUGGUGGGGUUUUAUGAACUAAUACUUUCUACAAACACCACAGUCCAGGCCCUGCUGCUUGUAUCAUCUGGUGCACUUGUGAAAACUGGAUGGGGAAAAAUCCUGCCAAAUUGGAAAGUGGUUGUGCUUUGUAUGCGCUGUGCAUGGGGGAGAAAUGGUGACCCUCUGCACAAGGCAAGGGGAAAUCGCCAAAUAGGAAUUCAGCCCUCCCUGGGCCUCUGUAGCUGGCUGUGAUGGGCUUUCUUGCACUGCAGUUGGCUGAUGUAACUUCUGUCUUACUCUAAUCAGAAAAGUCGUGAACGCCCUGAGCCCGCUGACAUUUGAAGAACCUAUUAAUUCAGGAGGGAUGCUUGGGAGUAUCCAAGUUGUUGACUUCAGUGGGAGUGAGUGGAAAUGAUAUGAGAGAAAACUCUAGUUGAUUUUAUUUGGAAGCUGGGUAAAGUCUGAAGAACACCUCAGUACCUACUCUGUGGAGCUGCAAGAUCUCCUUAGUGGCUGCCUCGGGCCAGCCAAAGCUCUCCAGCCAUGGCACCAAGAGGCAAGAGCCCAGGGGAAGGAUCCCAGGAGCAUCUGCUGCUUCCUUGGAUGCCUUCAGGGAGUGCUGAAUGCUUUAUGGGCUGCUUUGCUCUAUAUCCUCCCUUAGUCCUUACCUUUUUAUUCUUACUCCCUAGCUUUAUUCGUUUGCUGUCCCUUGUGUUUCGCCUGUUUUAUUUUUCCAUAGCCCUUGUGCAAAGGGGGGCCCUGAGGUUAUGUUAGAAGGGGCUGACACCUAUCGAGAGAGACAGAAAUGCUAGGAAUGGUAGCUGAGGAAAGCAUGUAGUAAAUGAGGUAUAAACAGAGCAAUUGUUCAUCUAAUAUACCUUGCGGGCCUCAUGCAGUCAGCAGGUUAGAGACUUCCUGAGGCAAAGGCUGCAACUGGACUUGCAUGUCUAGUAACCACUUUUGGCAGGAGAUUCCAUGGUCCCAUUGAAGUCAGCAAGAGUUAAGAUCAUGGAUGAACAAGGAGCCAAUUCAUCUUGGGGCUCAGCAGCCACGGUUCUGCUGAGAGUCAAGAAGAUGCAGCUUGUGUAGGCGAGAUGCAAAGUCAGCACCUUGCACGUGAGUCCCUGGAAAGAGGCACAAUGAAGUUGAUCUUUUAAAAAGAAACAAUCAGAGCGAUAUUUCCUUUCUAUGACAGAAAAAUGUUUAAGUAACUUUUAUUUUUUCCUUGUCUUCUCUUGCCAAGUUUCAGUAGCUUUGCCUAUGGUUUUGCUCUGGAUUCGAUAGCAUGUCGGAGCCUUUGCUGGGACCCCUGCCCAGGUCAUUCAGGUCUCGCAUCCCUUUCUGACUCUGUGCAUUAACAAGGCAACAGGCACCACAUGGAAAACUCAUCACCGUGAAAUCCUGGCACUUCCUAAUCUCCACAGUAGGCACAUCUCACCAGCAAGAGCUCUCGCCACCUCCUUACCUCCGUCCGAAGCACAGUGGUCUGCAGAAGAGAGGUCGGGCGAACCCGAGUGAUCGUGCCUUACAUGCAGGGAUACUCGACGUCUUCAGCAGGCUGAUCUGAGUCACCUUGCUAUGAAACACUGUCUUAAUGUGGACUGUACAGCUUCCUGCAGUGAGAAGCGGUUGUCACAUGGAUAGAUCCAACAGAGGGCAGGCAUAAACCUACAGAGAUCCCAGUUUCCUCCUUACAAUCCCUGCCGUAGCACAUUUCUGGCUGUGCAGCACUGCCAUGGAGGCUCUGGCUGUGCUGCACACAAGUGCCGCUUGGACUGCUAUGCCCAGGACAGGCUGCAGGACACAGGUUUUGUGUUGAGAAGCUGCACUGCCCUAAGCUUCUGGGCUGGAGAUACCAUCAGCCACCUCCAGCCCAUGAGCAGCACAGGGCAAGGCUUAGCUCUGCAGUUUGGGCUCUUCCAGGAGAGUCCCAGAGAAGACGGUGGCACACACACAUUAGUAUUUUCUACUUCACGGUAAACAAGUUCCACUGUAUCAGUGUGCACUCUUAAGUAGACUCCACGGUGUGUCUCCUGCUGCAUCUGUGCACUGCAAUAUAGUUAAUUGCCUCAGAGAAAUAGCUGCAGUUGUCUCAUUUAGCUCUUCAGGAUAAACUUUCAGCCUGUUUAAAUAUUGGCCAUGCGAUGAGAUGGAUUAGUCAAAGGCUUAAAUUCUUCAGAGCUGCAAGUGUACCCUGUGUUGCAACAGCUAAUCCUUAAAUAUAAAUUGCGCACUGACAAUAAUCCGUCUAUGCAAGCCUAGGUUUUUUCUUAUUUUUGACUGUUCACUCUGUAAUUUUAUCAGGUUUGGCAUAGAACUUCUGAAUGACAUUUAACCAAAGUAUCAUGUCUCUGUGUGUAUAGCAUGUUUUGCUUCAUACUCCUGAAUUCUCAUUGAAUGUAAAGGGAUCACUGCCUUGCCCCACUUUGUUCAAUAAACCGCUGUAUUUUGUUAUCCACCACAUCCUUCUGUCCCUCCAUGUGCUUUUCUGGGAAUACUGAAGUGAGUUACACAAGAGCAGGAGAAAACAGCGCUUUGUUCCACCCUUGGCUGCUGGAGCUUAGCUUCUUCUACCAAUAAUUAUGUUCUUCCAAUGUAAUAGAUGUAGCAAAACAACAAAUUUGUAUUUAAUUUGAUUAUUUUGUGGCCAGAGAGAUGGAAAAAAAGCUGUGUAAUAUCUUGGAAAGGAUCUGGACUGUUUCACUUCCUGAGACUGUGAUACUGAAAAAUAAAGCAGUGUAAUUAUUUGCAA